GUCGUUCUUUCAUUACCAAGAAAAUGGCAAAAGAACUCAAUCUGAAAUUCACGGGUCGGGAAACGUUGUCCCUGGCGGGGUUUGGUGACAGUAAGCGCAAAUCGCAACAGCUCAAUGUGGUUGAAAUUCAAGUACAGUUUUUGGAUGGGUCCUCACAAACCCUCACGGUCAAUGUUGUGCAAACCAUCUCCUGUCCGGUCAGAAAAUACCCGAUCGACCCUGAGAAAUACCCAAUGCUAAAUCGUGUACAUUUGGCGAACUCGCUCAGCCAGCAUGCAGAAGAUGUAACCAUUGAUUUACUGGUCGGCAAUGACUACUACUUUGACGUAAUGGGCAAUGAGCACAUUCGCCUCGACGACGGCUUAAUGCUCCUAGACUCUAAAAUUGGGUUUAUCCCCUCGGGGAGAAUCCUGAUGGAAAGCCAAGAUCAUGAAGCGCCCGUAAUGUUGGUUUCGGGCAUACGGUUACCCGAAACGAGCAUGCCUGGAUUUACCAUCGAAAACUUUUGGAAAACCGAAUCAAUUGGCAUUGAAGAUCCCCUGGAGGAUAAAUCUCAAGAUGAGCAAGCAAUGGAGAUUUUCGACAACAGCGUCGACUUCAAAAAUGGGCGGUAUGAGGUCAAGUGGCCACGGAAGCAAGACGCUACGGAACCACCACGCAAUUUCGCUCUGGCUUUCGGUCGCCUGCAGUCUCUCAUGAAACGAAGGGCAGGCAAGCCACAGGUCAAACUCAAAUACGAUGAAACAAUCAGAAAUCAGGAAAAGAUGGGCAUAAUCGAACGGGUCCCCAAUGCCGGUCCAGAAGGGACUACGCAACGGGCACAUUACUUGCCACAUCACUGUGUAAUCAAACCGGGUAAAACCACAACGAAAGUCCGCAUCGUGUACGAUGCCUCCGCCAAAUCCAGCAAGGAGCAAAAAAGCCUCAAUGAAUGUCUGCUCAGAGGGCCGGUCCUUCUUCCAGACUUAGCUGGUUUGCUACUUCGAUUCCGCAUGCAUGAUAUUGCCAUUGUUAGCGAUAUCGAGAAAGCCUUUCUGCAAGUUGGCCUCGCAGAGGCAGACCGAGACACAACGCGGUUCCUGUGGUGGGAUGACUUGGAUGGGCCUUGCACCAAGGACAAUCUUGUCACUUAUCGGUUUUGCAGGAUACCGUUCGGGGUAAUCUCCAGCCCAUUCCUGCUGAGUGCAACUAUCAACACGCACUUAAAACGAACAGACAACGAAAUUGCGAAGAUGAUUCUCGGUAACACGUACGUCGAUAAUGUUAUUGUUGGAGCCAAUACAGUAGAUGAAGCCAAACGUAUUUAUGAUCAAACAAAGCAAGUGUUUACUCAGGCGUCCAUGAACCUCCGUGAAUGGGCUUCGAACAAUUCCGACUUCCUCUCUCACAUUCCAGAAUUUGACAAAGUUUCCGACACGGUUAUGACCGUACUUGGUAUGGAAUGGUGUACACCCACCGAUCAGAUUUCGUUGGUCGGUCAUGACGUUGAGCACGUGAUCGUUCGGACCAAACGCCAAAUGUUGCAGGUCAUCUCAAAGUUCUUUGACCCAAUGGGCCUGCUAUCUCCAAUACUGUUGCAACCGAAAAUCCGGAUUCAAAACCUGUGGAAAUUGAAAUGCGACUGGGACGACAUCCUCCCAACAGAAAUUAUAAAUAAAUGGAAAGCAGUCACAGGUGAUCUAAAGCAGAUCCACGAAAUUCAAAUUCCGAGACGGAUGACAGUCGCACACUCAGGGGCAGUCACAUACACACUUCACUGUUUUUGUGAUGCCUCUCACACCGCAUAUGCAGCGUGUGUGUACCUUGCGGUUGUCAACAAGCAGUCAGGUUGUGACUCUUGUCAUAUUGUGUUUAGUAAAACCCGCCUAGCCCCCAUCAAGGAAUUAACAAUACCGAGACUAGAAUUAAUGGCGGCCUUGAUCGGUAUUCGGCCGUUACGAUUUGUAGUCUCACAAUUGAAUUUCUCGGAACAACCCAGGCUGGUGCUGUGGUCUGAUUCGCAAUGUGUGUUACAUUGGAUCAAGAAACCUGAAAAACACGGUACAUUUGUGGACCGGCGCUUGAAUGAAAUCCGGUCUCUGUCGUCGGUUGAGUACCGAUAUGUGGACACAGCUGAAAACCCCGCAGACACUCCUUCUCGCGGGGCCACUGUGGACACACUGAAAAAUAACAAGAACUGGUGGCACGGGCCCCAGUGGAUUAACAAUGAGAAAGGUUGGCCAUCGGUGUUGGUGAUUCCUGCGAACACCGUGGAGUUGGAAAAGUCUGCCAACACCUUACUGGCGGCGGCGGAGGGUCCUACGGAGUACCCGAUGAUAAUGAAUUUAGAAAGGUAUUCGUCUUGGGGAAAGCUGAUACGUGUCUCAGCAUAUGUUUUGAGAGCCAUAGAACCUUUUGGAAACUGUGGCAGACCGGCUAUCUGA